AUGCGUGUCACCAUGGCUCUCUGCAACGCCCGCACCCCCCUCAUCCGCUUCAUUGGCAAGCGUUCUACUCCUAAGUCCAUUGACCACACUCCUCGCGUCCACCCGGCUUCCCCCACUGGUGCUCUCCCCGACUCUUUCGCCGCCUACCGCGCCAAGGCCCAGCAGCACGGUCCCCUCGGUCGCUCCUCCUUCAACAGCACCAUUGGCGGCCACUCGGGCGCGUCCCUGGGCCCCGUUAAGCCCCAGGCCGGCGAGUUCUUCGAUCGUUCUGAGCUGCCCUCCCGCUUCGGCCGUCUCCCCUGGACUCAGGCCGAGAUGGAGGCCAUCGAGACUGGCGGCGCGAGCAUGUUCGCUUAA